UACCAUAGAUCGAGAUAACAAUCAGCCUAAUAUUGUUAGGUUUUACUAGUGUGCUUGCCUUGCUUAACAGGGAAGAAAAAAAAAUGCUUGUGGGGCGCUGGUUUUAGGGCUUUAUUUAAAUAGGACCAGCAAGAAUUAGUCAAAUCAAGAAUCUUUUUUUGUCCAUAAUGAAUUAGGUUACACUCUUGCAAUCAUCCAUGGUUUCAGUGUCUUCAUCUGUUGGCUAAAGGAUAACAAUUGAUUUCCCAACCACCAUGUGCUUAGCUUUUCACUUUUUCAAUGGUGGAUCAAGAAACUUACAAUAACCACAUCAUUUCCAUCCAUUCAUUUCAAACAGAAAAAUACCCUAGUUUUGUGUCAGUAUAUUAUGGAAUAUUGAGUCUAUCUGAAGGAAAAUAGAUGUGAAAAUCAACGAAUUGGAACUAUCUGGGUACCCAAUCUCUUAACCUUUUGAUUUCAGGCUUAGUCUUGGAAAGAUCUUCUCGAUCAUGACUUACUGCCAUUAUGGACACUGCUAUUGUGGGAGAUGCCAUCGUCCCUCGUCUCCUCUACCCUUCUCAGUCCUGCUGUUCUUGGCGCUUGCAUUGAUGCUGCUUGCCUUAUCAUCUUUAAUCAAAAUUGAGAUAGAUAUGGAAAGUACUGGGGACAGUAUGACAUGGCUAGUUUUGCUCGCAGCAUUGGCAAUACUAGUGGUUGUUCGUUUCUUGUCUGCAAAUUCUUGUCGGCAACCUCACUAUUGUGGAUGUGGAAGAUGUACGACAUGGAAGUACUGCUACUGAAUCUACCUUUUCUGAUCCCUCCCUGGUUUGUCUAGUAAUCCUACAUGUUAUUUCCUCUAUGUAUGAGUUCCAAUGUCUUUGAUCAACUGAAUUGUGUGCAUAUAUAUAUAUAUAUAUAUAUAUAUAUAUACUUCUUCUUCUGUUCAAUUUGUGAACAAACUUUUGGAAAAUCUUCCAGGGUAAACCUGUUUCCCUUUCAUUCAUAGAACAAUAUAUAUUGCUUUCUGAAAGACUGAUAUGAAUUUUGGAUGUUGUUAUGAAUGAAACCAGAGUGCCUAUGGAUGUGUAAAAAAUUGAAGAUUUUUUUGUUUUUGUUUUC